AUCCAGCCUAGCACUUUCACUUUGAGCCGAGUGAGGAUACACAGAGUGGCCAGAGGGAGAGAGGAAGAGGAGGCCAGAGUCUCUCCCGCUUAUCCAUUGACCAGAUGCGAGGGAGAGGGGGUGAUUCAAAUUAGGCAGUCCAGGAAGAUUCUAGGUCAGUAGUGAGAGAGAAGGGAAAGGGAAAGAGAUACAGGAACAAAAAAGGGCAAAACAACAAAAGCUUUCACAGGAGAAAGGCUGCAGCCACUCAGGCUUAAGUGGGAAAAUCCAAAGUGAGAGAGCAGGAUGGCGUGAGAGGAUAAAUGAGGCAUUUUUGUGGAAAGUACCAAAGGAACUCAAAAUAAGAGAGUGCAAAAGGGAUGUCAACAAGGAAACUGAAUAUCAAGCUGUGAAAAGAGGAGGCACAGCAGCGCACUUUGUGUCAAAGACCUUAAGAAACGACAGAGGAGGAAACUUUGCCUUUCACAGACUGACACAGAAACCCCGUCUGCAGAGUGACUGCCGUCAACAAGAAGAAAUGGAGAAGUGUCCCUUCUUAGAAAGAUAAAAAGGAUGUCACUGCCAGUUUUGUUGUUGCUAUCACUCUUGACUGUCCAAUGUGGUGGAUGUGACUUUGACAGGGAAGCUGUGAAAAACAUUAAAACAACCAUCGACUCUAAUCCGACUGGAUUUCGGACAGUAUUUCCAAAAGAUUACUAUGUCGUGCACCGCUACAGAAGAAACAUGCUGUGUGACACUGAUCCGUGCUGUGUGUUUCCUGCUGCAGUCGUCCUCCAGGAUUCCUGGCAUGUGCUCCUCAGAAACCUCUGGGAUGAGCACCUAAAUCAUUCCCUCAUCCUUGAUCUGAUGCAGACACUGGAUAAAAUUAUAAAGAGAAACAUACAUACAGAGAGGUUUCAGGAGGAAACAGAGCUGGACCAGUUCCCCACUUUAUCCUCCCCUCCUGAGGAGCUCCUCAAGCUCACUUCUGAACUUUUCACUCGCUGGCUCGACGUUGGGUGCUCGUCCACGAUUAAGACCUGCACCCUGCCUACUUUGCCCCCCUCAGUGCAGAGGAAGGACUACGGUCCCUCGAGGGCCAGACUCUUGACAACCCGAGCCAUCAGCAACGAGGAGGGAGCUCAGCCUGACAGGAUGAUAGACAUUAUUCAGCUGCCGUCCAGCGGUGGCCCUCCAUCCUCAUCAUUUUCCGCUUCCGUCUGGAGCGCCCUGCUAUUCAGACUCUACUGGUGGCUGUUGCCAUAGUUACUAAAAAAUGAUCCCUUUUAAUGAUGCACACAAAAUGCAAAGACAUUUCCUGGCACUGAAUGUUUGUUAUACUUAUGUCUCCGUGUUUGAAUGCAGUAAGCUUUUGUAUUUGAAGUGACAUGCACAGGUUGCAUUUAAUGUCCAAAGCUAGUCCUAUACCGUAGCUACGUUCACUGCCCACAAGUGCUCUGUAACAAAUGAUAUCACACACGUAUACCUAUAGCCAUCGUCUCUAGAGCUAGCCACAAGCUAAAGCUAGCUAUGCUCUAUAUGCUAACAAGAGAUAAAGCCAAUGCACAUAAGCCAACGUCUAUCGAUGUGGAAUUCAUCACUGUUUACAAUGAAUUUUAUGUAAAUGUAAGAUAUUACAGUUUAUUGGUGUUUACUUUUGUACAUAACUGUAAAUUAAAAACAUUUAGAUAUAUA